CCCUAGGCUUGACCUUGUUGAGCAAUAAUUCCUUGAAGAUCCUCCGAUCAUGGUUAGAAUUAUGUUAUAGAUUCGAUUACGGUGAUAUCAUUUCUUGGAAUUGAAUGGAUCAGCGUAGGAAGACGACUUACUGUAGUGUGGAGAGGUGUUGACAAGAGAGGAGAAUCGUUUUGGGGUUCUCAAAAAUGAAGGAAUGGUGAAAGGUUCGGUAAAAUCAGAGUAGGCCGUAUUUAUAGACUUGGACUUGGCUUGAACUUUUACUGCAGUGGAUUUUACUGCAAUGGGUGCUGCAUUGCAGUGCUCGCUGCAUUUCUACACCUGGUCGAUUUCACUCCUCUUACUCUCAAUAAUAUUCACUGCGGCAAGGUGACCGUCCUGGUGAACCCUAUCGCGCUGGGCAUCACGUCCCAGUUGUUGGUAUGUCCUACACUUAGUAUAAUACUCGUGGUCCUCUAUUUCUUUCCCUGUGGCGCAGUUCGCGGUGAACUUUACUGCAUUUGGGGCCGCAUUUUGCCAAUUGUGGUAUGGCAAGGCUUAGAAAGAUAAUUUGUUUCUUUGGGUAAAACGUGCAUAAUUUCUUCUAUUGGACUCAGAAUGACGAGCGGUUAGAUGCAUUGGAAUUCAAAUACUAAUAUUGUGUCAAGCAUUCCCUCAUAUCCUCGUUAACGUCACACCAAUCCUCCAAACUCAUCACAUUCCAUAGGUUCAUUAUGUAGUAUGGAAGUACGAGGUGUUAUAGCUUUGGAUUGUGAAAAACAGAGAUUUAUUUCUCUACAUUUGAUACUGUAUAAUUAGGGAGAAUGGGUAUAAUAUGAUUGGGCAGCUUGAUAAUUCUAUCGAACUUAGGUUUGAUACAAACUUCAUUGAUUACAAAUUAGGUAAGCUACAGAUGCUAGGCUAGAUUGCAUGUCCUAGCGCCUAAUACUCAUGUGCUAGCCAUAGUCACAACAGAUGAAUCAAUGCAAAGUCGGGCAAUAAUCUCAACACUCCCAAAUUAUCCUCCUAAAUUAUGGUCAUAUUUAGUUACUUUUCACAUAAAAUAUAUCAGUUUCUCUCAGGUUGAAGUUGAGCUGACUAUACCUCAUGAAGACAAACUACGUCAGUUGAAGUUGGAGCUUUUGAGCAAACAUCAGAUACCAAUUCUUAAAGAUGUCAAUGGAUUCAGUUCCUCUGAGAAUUCGUUUGCGCUCAAGGAAGUUAGGUCUGCUGACGUUCAAGGUAGGGGAAUUCCUCAGUCAAUUUGUGCAUUUGCUCGUGUUCUGUGCUCCAAUUCUCCACAAGAGAUAAAUUAUUUGGCCAUGGAAGCUGCAGAAAAUGAUGGUCGGGUGGCUCGGCGUCCACUAAAGGACAAGAGCAGAGAGGUUCAAGCACAUCAGUUUUUGCUCUCAAAAAUCAAUGAGCUAAUAGAUGAGUAUAAUGCAUCUAUGAAGUCAUUGGAGCUGCCUACUCUCUGCAUGGUUAGAAAACUUGAUUUGCGAAGGAAAAUGGCUCAAUACUUUCUCACUAUCUACAUUGUUUGCUCUCAUAUAGAUGCAGAUAUAAUACUGGGGAAAGGGAGGUCCACUUUUUCUUUCCUGGAAUGUUCAAAUUGGAAUUUUAUGGGGAACAAUAUUAUUAGAAUCAACAAUAAAACUAUAGGUUUUGUAAAUUUUUCACUCAUCACAUUGUGGAUGAGAAGAUGCAUGAAGCAUGAAGAGAGGGGAAAGGAUGAUUCAUUAACCAAUAAACUGUUCCCAUGGAUAACAUGGUUGUGUUCAGAAAUUCCUGAACGUGUACAAUGAAGCUCCCUGCCUUUCGUUUUCUGCAACUUAUCUUCCAGCUUCUCUUUUCCUUAUCUUUCUUUUU